UAUAACCAGAAAAAAGCCCUAAAAUUAAGAACUCUCUGGAAGAAGUGCAGCACAGCACCAGGAGAGAGAACCCGACAAGAACCGGAGAAGAAGUUGAACAUCAAUUUCAUCUGAAUUUCGCCGAGCCCUAAUUGAAAUUCCAGAUUUCAAGCGCUUGGAACAAAAAUGAGCUUUGGAAUCAUACAUAGGGAUGUAUUUGGGGGAGUGGGACAAGUCAGGGUGGAGUAUUUGGGUUUUAUGUAUAGUUGGAGGUUCUUCCUCACUCUCAGAAGAGCUAUCAUCUGCAAAAAUUUUGAGUGGAUGAGGAGAUCAAAUAUUAGUUCAAAUAAUUUUUGCUUGUGGAGCAUCUUGGAGCAUAUGAGCAAUGGAGCUUGUGGAGCAUUAGCUUAACUUGGGAUAUUUCUCUUGGUUUCAUAAUUUUUCUGUUUGAAUCUAUAAUUUUGGAGCAUCAUGGAGCAUUUGAGCAAUGGAGCUUGUGGAGUACAGCUCAAUUGAAGGAUUGCUCUCUUGUUUUCUGUGAAUCCUCCCUUCAUUGCUGAGAAUGAGUGGCCGCUUUUCACGCUCAAUCUACGUUGGCAACCUACCAGCAGAUAUAAAGGAACUGGAAGUUGAAGAUCUGUUCUACAAGUAUGGUCGUAUAUUGGACAUUGAGUUGAAGAUUCCACCUCGCCCUCCUUGCUACUGUUUUGUGGAGUUUGAAAGUUCUCGAGAUGCUGAAGAUGCCAUCAGGGGUAGGGAUGGCUACAACUUUGAUGGCUGUAGGCUGAGGGUUGAGCUUGCUCAUGGAGGAAGAGGGCCAUCAUCUUCAAGUGAUCGCAGAGGCAGUUAUGGCAGCGGUGGCGGUGGAGGUGGAGGGCGCCAUGGCAUUUCUCGGCAUUCUGAUUACCGAGUUAUUAUUCGAGGUCUUCCAUCUUCUGCUUCUUGGCAAGAUUUGAAGGAUCAUAUGCGGAAAGCUGGUGAUGUGUGCUUUGCUGAGGUUUCUCGUGACAGUGAAGGAACCUUUGGCUUGGUGGACUACACAAAUUAUGAAGACAUGAAAUAUGCUAUAAGAAAACUUGAUGAUACUGAGUUCAGGAAUCCUUGGACAAGAACCUACAUCCGGGUAAGAGAAUACAAGGGCAGCCCUUCAAGAAGUCGUAGCCGCAGCAGAAGCAGGAGCAGGAGCAGGAGCAGGAGCAGGAGCAAGACUCCAAGGAAGAGUAGGAGAUCACCUGCCCGUUCAAUUUCAAGAUCACCACCGCCAAAGUCUAGAUCUGCAUCUCCUGUAAAGUCGACCAGGUCCAGGUCAUUGUCCAGAUCAAUGUCAAGGUCGAGAUCGAGGUCGAGAUCUAGAUCUAGAUCGAAAUCUAGGUCACCGUCAAGGUCCAGAUCGGCAUCACCACAGCAGGCACGAUCAAACAGUGGCUAAUGCUGCCGCGAAAUUUGUUUCUUGGUAUUCUCCUCCUCUUGAAAGGAGAAUCUGAAACUCUAUGUUCUUAGUUUGAUAGGAGUCUGCUAUGGACUAGAGCUGUAUUAAAGACUGGAACCUUUGGAGGUCUGUCCUAGUAAUGUGUUGUUUUAUCUGUGAGAGCUGCAGUAUCUCGGCUGUCAUUAGUUACUGGCCAAUCAAACAUGUAGACUUUUGCACAGUGGUUUUUAACUUAGUUCCGACUGACUAUAUUAAAAAUUAGCGUGUUGAGACAGUUGCUUUCAUUUGU